UCACUAUUUUAUCAUACAUUAUUAUUUCAGGAUGUCCGUAUCUCAAGUCAUACAGUCGUAUGGGGUCAUAAAUGGAUUUACGCGGAAUGAUAAGGAGAUGAAUCAGUCAACCAGAUAUGCGUCGGCUAGUGAUACUGGUCUCGAUGGACCUGAUCAGGUACUACCUACGGACGUAGACAGCACAACUAGCGCCAACGGUAGAAUACGAAUAAAGUUAGACAGCAAUGAACCCAAUUCAAGUAAGCCCGUAUCAAUCCCAGGAGUUUUCACCAAAACGGCAAAGCUUUAUCCUGAUCAUAUUGCGUUGGUGUCUAAACCUGAUACCAAUGGCAAAAGAACUACGUAUACUUUUCAAGAAUACGAGUCCACUGUAAGAAUCGUCGCGAAAGCAUUUCUAAAAUUGGGUUUAGAACGACAUCAUAGCGUCUGUAUAAUAGGAUUCAACAGUCCGGAAUGGUUUAUUGCCGAUCUUGCGGCUAUAUACGCUGGUGGAUUUGCUACAGGGAUUUAUACUACAAAUUCUCCGGAAGCGUGCCAAUAUUGCGCUGACCACAGUCAGGCAAAUAUAAUAGUCGUUGAAGAUGAGAAACAGUUGGGGAAAAUUUUGCAAAUAAAACACAAUUUGCCGCAUUUGAAAGCAAUUGUUCAAUAUGACGGCGUACCUACCGAGAAGGAUGUUUUAAGUUGGAACGAUUUAUUGAACAUCGGUAAGGCAGAAUCAGAAGAUAAAUUACUAUCUGUGUUAAAGACGAUUGGGGUAAAUGAAUGUUGCAUAUUAGUGUAUACGUCGGGGACAGUCGGAAAUCCAAAAGCCGUAAUGUUAAGCCAUGAUAAUAUAUUGCACGACGUACGGGCAUUAAUACCAGCGCUAGAAAUUAAAGAAAAGGCAGAGGUUUUAAUUAGCUAUUUGCCAUUAUCUCAUGUUGCAGCACAGCUAAUUGAUAUCAUAGCAAACAUUAUGCUAGCGACUACAGUAUACUUUGCGGACCCGGGCGCGUUAAAGGGUACUUUAUUAAAUACGUUAAUUGCGGUGCAGCCGACUUUAUUCCUAGGGGUGCCCAGAGUGUGGGAAAAGAUAUACGAAAAGAUGCAAGAAAAAGCGCGCAGUAACGGCCCAAUAAAAACCUGGAUUGCUAAGUGGGCAAAAGCCCAAGGUCUCCUUUAUCACACGAAUAAAAUUAAUGGCGUAGAUUAUAAACAUUGGGGCUACAUCUUUGCGAAAUGGCUUGUUUUCGACAAAGUCAAGGCAGCAUUGGGCUUAAGCAAAUGCCAUAUAUUCGCUUCCGCAGCAGCGCCCAUAAGUUCCGACAUUAAAAAAUAUUUCCUGAGUUUAGACAUACCUCUGUUAGAAGCGUAUGGAAUGUCUGAAAGUGGUGGGGCUCAUACGGUGUACGACUAUAAGGAAUUCGGCAUGGAUGGUGUAGGAAGGCCUUUACCUGGACUAUAUACAAAAUUAGACAAUAUAGAUGAGAAUGGUGAGGGAGAGGUUUGUAUGGGUGGACGACAUGUGUUUAUGGGUUACUUAAAUGCACCUGAGAAAACUGCAGAAGCCAAAGAUAAAAAUGGCUGGUUACACAGCGGUGAUCUUGGCAAAUUCGAUUCAAAAGGAAUUUUGUCAAUUACUGGUAGAAUAAAAGAGCUUAUAAUUACGAGUGGAGGAGAAAAUGUGGCACCGUACAACAUAGAGCAAUCGAUAUUAUCGGAAUUACCAUAUUUAAGUAAUGUUAUGGUGAUUGGAGAUAAAAGGAAAUAUUUAACAGCCCUCGUCACGCUUAAGAGUAAUAUGGAUGAAGAAACUGGUGCACCACUAGAUACGUUGAAUCCAGACGUAUCAAAAUGGGCGAAGUCGAUUGGUAGUAGUGCCAAAACAGUUACGGAAGUCAUAAGUACUCGUGACACAGCCAUCUAUGAAGAAAUCGACAAGGCAAUUAAGAGAGCAAAUAAGCAAGCUGUAAGUAAUGCUCAAAAAGUACAAAAAUUCGAAAUCCUUCCUCAUGAUUUUUCGAUCCCAACCGGCGAAUUGGGACCCACAUUAAAGCUUAAAAAGAACGUAGUUCAGCAGAUGUACGCUGACUUGAUAAAUAAAAUGUAUGAAUGAAUUUACUAUACAUUAUACUGAUAUAAUAGGGGGUGUUUAUUACUAAAGAAUCUCCAUACACUAUAGUUUUGUAUGUGUACCGAUAUCUUGACAUGCAGAACAAAUUUUAUAAGCAAGACGUAAUUUGCAUUUUUUUAAUGCAUUCUUUCAAUUCGGAUGGUUAAAGAAAAUAAAUCAAAACUAGAUUAAGUUUCUCAUAGAUACUUAUACAGAUAUUUUGUGAUACUUUUGGCAUACAAAUGAGGGUUAUAUAUAUUACAUAUCUUGUACUAUAAGAGCACAAGAGUAAUCAUAAUAAUAACAUAUGUAUAAGAAGUUACUAGCAUAUUUGUUUUUAUAAGAUCAUUUUGUUAUUAUAAAUAUAUUUUAAUUUCGUAAUUAUAUAUAAAUAUCACACAGAUUACAUCUUAUAUAUUAUUUCUUGGAUAUUAUGGAUUUAAGAAACUUCAAAAAUUACAAUGUUAUCGAAAAUUAAGUAGAUUUCUAUUUGUCACAACAAAAAUCGCUAUUUUUUUGUAUCAAAAUAUUGUUUGCCACAUGUAUUCUAUAUGUAACAAACAGCAAUAUUCUAGUAAUCUUCUAGAAAAUAUUUUCAUUUGUCUUUCACCGCUAAUUUUUUUGUGUGUAC